AUGGCCGAGUUUCCGACGUUAGACGUUCUUCAGGCGUUCCACCAGGAGCUCUUAGCCGUGCGCGAAGGACGCGCUGGGAUCGCAGAGACUUUGGAGAACGGCAUCUUUGUCGAGGCCUUCGAAGGCGAACUUCAGAGGAUAUGGUCGAGGAAAUCAAAAUGCCAAGACAGCCGAAGUACAGUUCAAAAAGGCAAAAUCACGGUAGAUGGCGAUGAAUACACGAUCAACGACUACUUUCAGCAAGCCACUUUCGCGUUCGCGGACGAGGUUGACCUCGAUGAGCUUGAGGCAGCCCGCUUCCUCCUAGAAGCUCAGAGUGACAUGGAGACCCUAGGCCGGUCUCUACUCGAAUGCGGCAUCAUCCGUUUCCAUCAGCAGCGCAAGUUUGCACUCGACGCGUUGCGCCUGCUGCUCGAGAUGGACAGCGAUGAGGAUGACAGGGAGGACAGCUCACAGUCACUCGAAGCGGCACAAGUCUACGUCUUUGAGCGCAUCUUCAAUACAGCCCCCGGCGCCGCAAAUGCUGGUCAGCGCUUAGUGCCUCGGUGCAUGUCGAUAAUGCAGACAACCAAGAACUGGCUGCAGAAGCUUGGCGAUAAGAUUUCCGCCGCCCAGGCGCUCGGUCAGAACCGACCCGGUGCCAUGUCUGAGGAGGCGGAGACCAUAGAAUUCUCCCGCGUCAGCCUAAUACAGCAGCAUGAGCUACUGGCCAUCAUCCUGAGCAAAAGUGUAGAGAAGAGACAGGCCGACGUCUCAGACUUCACCGAGUUCAUGGCAUCCCUGCGUCGCGUGGACAGAUAUGACAACCUAUUAGUUCACCUCGUACCGGCCAUCGGCGCCUAUAUGACAGCAUUCGGGUCAGUUGAUGGAGGAUAUGAUCUCAUCAAGGUUCGCGAGCUUAACGACCAACUAUUCCCUGCGGCUGGUGAACCAGCUUGGGGCCUACCAUACUUCCAAGCUGCAGUCAGAUCCUGGUGGCUUGUAGAAUACAGCGGGUUUUACCUAGAUGACCCCCCGGAGGCAGCCAUCCCACCCAACACGGACUUGGACGAAGCAGAGGAUCGCCAACGGGCAAAGAUGUUCCAAGAUUCCCUCAAGGAAGGAGCAUUCGACUUCCUGCUCUCGGUAGCUGGCGAUGCACGACCUCCUGACUGGCACGACUCUGUGCGAGCUGAAAUGCAUCGAUGGCUACAAAGGAAGUCACCAACCUUGGGACCCGAUCCAGUACAAUUUUCCGAUUUCUUUCGCCUCAGCCUGGUCUCGCAGCUCGAAGUGUACAUUGACACCUUCAUAAGCAACCUACCCGAUGUUCUCCGCCGCCUUCGAGUCGAGGAAGACGAGCAGCGGCAGCUUAGCCAGACACAUGAGCAGGACCUCGACCUUGAACGAUUCCUGCUCAUCAUUGCGUACGCCUACGAAGACCGCCCUGACGCUGCCAUGGACUUUUGGCGGGAUCCAGAGAGCAAUCUGAACGGUUUCCUCCACUGGGCAUCAAGGAGAGCAUCGACACCCCUUGUCACGGCAUUUUGCGAGAUGCUCCAAGCCAUCUCUGGUGACGAUGAGUGCGCCGGCAACGCGCACAUCUUCCUUCUGGAUGAGGGGCAUCACUCGUCUGGAAAGAUGCGGAAGUCGCAAUCCCUCACCUGGACCCAAAUCUUCAGGGAACUUAAGUUCUUCUUAGACAAAGCAAAGCAGAAGCCUUCACAAGCCCAAUCAGUGAGGUACCGGGGUGGUAAGCCUACGCAGGACCUUGUGGAGAAGGAGCCAGAAUCGACCAUGAUGCUGGAGUCGUAUCUGAGGCUUGUGGCCAAGCUGGCGACCGAAAACGAGACGGCGCGCAUUUUCCUCCUCCAGAACUCUUCCUUCAACCUGGUAGAGUCGAUCCUGGAGCUGGCUAGCACACAUAUUCGCCCUCAACUACGAGGCUGCAGCUUUAUGGCACUUGGGGCUUUGAUGACGAGGAAGACGACUGCCGAGGGCCAUACUAUGUGGAACUGCCUGGACAUAUGGGCUACUGGUGGCUACGCGACAUCUCUGGCUGGGUAUCACCGCCAAGCUAGUCAGACUCCUUCAUCUUCCAUGGAGAAGACCUUUGAUGAGAUGAGCCGCGGCUUCGAAGAUUCCGAUUCGCUGAUCCGACUGCUCCUCUCUCUUGUCUCGCCUUCCAUUGACAGUAGUCCCCUGAAUGACGCACUGCCCUUCCCUGAGACCCUGGGCUCAGCCUUCCGUGCACCUGGUAUCGAAGUCUACGUCGACUAUGUUGUUGGAAACGUCUUCGCGGCGAAAUCGAGCGAAAUUCAAGAUGUUCAUCAAACCCGGGUCCUCCGACUUGGCUGCCUCGACUUCAUGAUGACAUGUCUGGCCACAUUCAACGAAGACCUGAUUAUCAUGGCCAACGAGACAAAUAUCAUGAUCGACUCGAUCGUCUCCACCUCGGACCUGGCAACGUAUGUUCGCAUGCACCCAUUCGCCAGGGUCAUGGAGUGGAUGUACAGCGAUAAGGUCAUGGCGGCCCUGUACAACACAAUUCACCAAGAACCGAUUGAUCUGGGCAACGCCACGCCUGACUCCCCUCUCAUCCUUGGCAUCCUGCGUGCUGUCGAUGUCAUCUCCAAGGUCCUGGACCUCCAGGCAACAUACCUUGAUCUUGUGAGACCUAUCAUCAGAGCUCAGGCUGGCGCCCGGCAUCAACCCGUUGCCAAAGCUGCCUAUGCAUCAUUCGAGGAUAGCUUGGUAACGAGACUGAAUCUUGUGGUUGACCUGGGCAACUGCUGCGGAAUUGGGCAUCCAGAGCUUACUUUAGCAUGCCUGAAGCUACUGGAGAGGAUGUCGUCAUCAUCCAAGAUUACCUCCCUCUGGUCCGCAGCAGGCCGACAGAACCAUCGCAACAAGGCGAUUGUGGCCAUGGAGGCUAACGAAGAGCACGAGUCGAUUGCGCGGUCGUUCAUCUCGGAGAUAACUGCUCCUCUUGACCUGGUGCGCAAGGAAGAGUCACCAAGCUAUAUGACCAAAAUCUACAUCCUCGACUUUCUCUACUACUGCCUCCGUGAGACGCCCAGGGAGCCCACGAUUGCUCAUCUCCUUCUCGGGUUCAAGUGCGAUGUCGAUUCAUUGUCUGUUGAGAGUAACAGCUUGUUCGAAUCCCAAUCAUCGCUCUUCCACGGCCUUCUGCGCCUUGUGUUGGAAACCCCAUCUAGCGAAGCCGAAGGGGUCCGACAGUGGCUCGUCGCAUUGAAAUCGCGCGCCAUGCGGAUCCUACAGGUCCUCUGGACGUCACCACUGUCGUCGUCACUGGUGAUACAGGAGCUACGGGAUAACGAGUUCCUUUUUCACCUCUUGAUACGCGAAACUAUCAUCCAGCCAGACCUGACAUGGGAGGGACAAAGCGUUUUGAGCCCCGAAUUUCUGCUGACUGACGGCUCGGUUACGCUUCUUGACCUUCUGGCGCUGCGGAGCAUGACGCUCGAGUACAUUGCCAUGGAGCUCUGCAUGAUAUCGCAAGGCAGGAUGCCGAGUGUUAAAAGGCGUAUAUUCGAGGCGCUCAACGGGCAAAUCAUUGGCGAGGGCAACGAGCCCAUCCCGGCGCCUACGAUAUUCGACCUCUACGACUUCCACCUUCCGCCGGGUGUCUGGAAUCUCGAAAUGGGACCGCUCGAGUACCACCAGGGCCUAGAUCUAUCCGUUUGCUUAGAACAGGAUGCCGACGGGAACCCGGUCUACAACAUGGCUCGUGUCGAGGAAGUCCUGCUUCUGAAGCGCAGCGAAACCCAGAGCCAGGGCAUCGUUGUUACAGCGGCUGAGGCGGCGAGCAUGGACGACGAAGAGGCGGCUAUUAUGCAGUACCUCUUGUCUCUGAACCGCGAGAAGCAGGUUGCUACGCAGUGCCUCAAGGUGCUCAGGACAUGGAUCAAGCUGCUCCUCGUCAUGGUGGAGUGCAACGACUUCAAGGGCACGGCGCAGACCUCAUUCUUCCUGCAGGCGCUCCAGGCCACGCUCCCUAGCCUAGAGAUGUACGCAGCCGACCGCCCGGAGGAGGCCAUGGAAUUAGCCAAGCUGUCCAAGGUGCUCCUCUCCAAGCUGUGCCAGACGACGUCGGACCUUCUGGACAGACCCUCGGUGGCCAUUGGCAAUCUGAUCAGCGACAAGCUGUACCAGGUCUUCCAGAUCUGCCUGCAGGCCAUCGGCAAGUGGGCAGGCACGUCGGAGCUGCGGGCCGUGUACUACGAGAUCUGCUAUCGGUACCUCACGGGCAUGCCGGACGGGGGGCAUCUGACUCAGAGCCGAACCAAGUCGGUCAAGGCGGUGCGGGUGUAUGGUGAACGACUGAUCAAUGUCAUCUGCGACGAUGCUUACGGUGGAGAGCCCACCUGCCAGACGGCGGCACUGAUCCUGCUCGGCACGCUGGUCAACCUUGACCACAAGGAUGGCGAUACGCAUGUUGUCGACACGCUCAACAGGCUCAACUUUAUCGGCGUACUCGUCGACUCUCUCCGCAACGUCAUGCAAGAGUGGCAAGACGUGUUUUCCUCUGGCUACAAGGACCGAGAGAACUUCCAAAACGCCCGUCUGGCCCUGUUCCAGCAACUGGCCCAAACGCGCGCCGGGGCAAAGCAUAUCUUGCACGCCAACCUGCUGCGCGCCCUUGAGACGUCGGGCCUAUUCGUGGCCGACCCGGAGCUGCAGAUCCGCCAGGGCAACCCGCGCGCUCUGGAGCAGCAUUACGACCUUCUGGCCAAGACGGUGCGCAUCAUCGGCGCAGCGCUGCUGAGCCGCGGCAGCCAUAACGUGGUGCAAGGCCGCAAGUUCCUCUCGGACCACCGCAUGCUGGUGACGCACGUGCUGAAGCGCAGCGCCGGUAUCGGGGCUGGAGUCGUCGAUCGGGGUCUGGAGGAAAAGGUGGAGGAUCUGGCCGAUGGGUUGAUCAUCUUGAUUGCCGCUACAGGAUUCCUCGAGGUACGUUUCUCUUUCCCUCCCGAUUCUUCUUCCAUUCAUACGGUCUGCUAA